UUUCAGUUAAACAAAUAAAUUUGUGAUUGCUGAAAGACGAAGUUAUCGUUGUUGCUGCCAAACAAAUGGGAGAACAGGAUGGUGAAAAGAAGUUUAAACUCCCAUAUCGAAGCAAAUUAACGGAACGUAUUGCACCUGGCCAAACAUUAAUUGUGAAAGGGAAAACAUUGGAUGAUGCAAAAAAAUUUGACAUUGGCUUACAUCGUGACAGUCCAGAUUACAGUGGCGGAGAUAUUCCAUUACAUAUUAGCAUACGUUUUGAUAAGGGAAAGAUAGCAUUUAAUACAUUUUCGAAUAACAAUUGGGGAAAAAAGGAAAAGCAAAAGUUACCGUUUAAAAAAGGAAAUGCAUUUGAUUUAAGAAUUCGAGCACACGAUCACAAAUUUGUGAUUUAUUGCGAUGGUAAAGAAGUGAAAAUGUUUGAUUAUCGAGUACCAUUACAAUGGGUUACUUAUGUAUCAAUCGAUGGUGACACCCUUAUUGAUCAUGUACAAUGGGGUGGCAAAUAUUACCCAGUUCCUUAUGAAUCUGGUAUAGUAAAUGGUGGUUUAUUACCCGGUAAAUCAUUAUUCAUAACCGGAAUGCCGGAUAAACGUAGCAAACGAUUCAAUGUCAAUUUAUUAAGACAGAACGGUGAUAUUAUUCUACAUUUCAAUCCACGAUUUGAUGAAAAAGUAGUUGUACGUAAUGCAUUAAUUGGCGGUGUUUGGGGUAAAGAGGAACGAGAAGGUAAAAUUCCAUUUGAAAAGGAUAAAAUGUUCGAUUUGUUAUUCCAAAACGAAGACUACGCAAUGCAAAUAUUUGUAAAUGGUGAACGAUUUGCGACAUUUGCGCAUCGCUCGCAAUCAAAUGAUAUAGUUGGCGUUCAAAUACAGGGUGAUGUGGAAAUCAGUGGAAUUCAAAUACAGUGAUUUUAAUUGAAUUUGUCGAUAAUUUGGGUAAUUUGAAUGUUGAAAUUCUCACAAUUAGAUACUUAAAUCUUUUUUCAACACUAUGCCAUUGUACAAAAUGAUUGUCAAACUAUCCAAAUUUUUUCAAUUCUUUGAUUUUUGAUUUCUAGUUUUAUUCCAAGUACGAUUUUUUAUCGAACCAAAACUAAAUGUAAUUUUGAAUUAAGUAUUAAUAUGUUAAUUAUAAAUAUGUGAUCGCAUAAAAUUUG